UUCCCCAGAAUUCCAGAAGCCCUCCCCUUUUCUCUUCAUUUGCUUGACAUAUCAGAUAAGAUAUUCACUCGCCAGCUCUCAGAUCAGAUGACGGCGUACGGUGCACUGAUUUCUUUGACGAACACAAUUAACUAUAUUUUCCAUUCUUCACAUUUUAGAGUUGUUGAGCCAUCUCUUCAUGUCAUACAACCCGCCAUCAACGGGCUGCGUUCAUUGAAACCAAUUCUGCAAAAAUUAGACAACACAAGUCCAAGCAGGUGCAGGAAGAAGGUGAAUGCUUUGGAUGGAAGAAUCAGAGAUUUCAUAUGGGAGUUCGAAGACAAAUUGGAAUCCCUGUUCACGGAUCAGAUUCUUUUACAAAUUCCUGCAGACCAUGUGUAUGAAGAAAUGAAGGAGAGAGUUUGGGAUUUUAAAGACUUAAAAGAAUCCCUUUUCUCACUACAAUUUCAACUUCAGUUUCAAUUUCAAAGCCCUCCACCUGACCAGCCAGAAAUGGCAAGUAACAUUCAGAGGAGAAGAAGCAGAAGAAGAAGAAGAGAUAAACACAAAGUAGGCCACUCAAAAUCAAGUAGAAAGUUUAGAAGUAGAAGUGAUGCCUUGGUAUUCUCCAUUGAUCUACGAUGCCUUCAAGAUGAUGUUGGUUUCUUUGUCCGCGCACUCGAGGAUAUGAAGUGGGAAUAUAUAUAUGAAUUAUACAAUAUGGGUGAGGACGAGGCAGCUAUGUCGUCAACAAUUGGUUUUCGUGGAAUCAACUCAGAGAUGAUUGGAUUAUCUGACCAAUUCCAACAACUCAAAAGAGAUCUUUUGGAGGAUAGUUGGAGCCAUGUUGAAAUGCUCGUUGGAAUGGCAGGCAUUGGGAAGACCACUCUAGCUGCCAAAAUUUAUCAAGAUCCAGAAAUCUUGAGCAAUUUUGAGUGUCGCGCAUGGGUCACAGUAGGAAGAAAACCUGAACUUAGUCGUGUUUCACGAAGCAUUCUUGCUCAACUGUGUAGAGUUAGGCUAGGACACGCAAACGCAGAUGAUUACUGGAAGCAAAGAGUAGAGGGCAAGAAAUGCCUCAUUGUGAUGGAUGAUGUUUGGGAGACACAAGUAAUGCGUUCCUUGAUGAGUUUCUUACCACACCCUGACAAAGCAACGAUUGUUAUCUUGCUUACUGCUCGAGAAAAAUCGGUACUUGAAUAUCGUACGUUGGAAAUGGUUUCGGAGUCCACGCUGGUGCGGUUUUUGAACAUAGAAGAAAGUAAGAAGCUAUUAUGCGAGAAAGUGUUUGGCGAAUUGAUUUGCCCUCCUCAGCUUGACAAUGCUGCUACCAAAAUUGCAAAGAAUUGUGAAGGUCUUCCUCUCAUGAUACUAACCGUUGCUGACAUCAUAUCGAAAUCUGAGCAAAACAGAGAUCCAGACUACUGGAGUGAUAUUGCAGAAGAGAGAAACUUAGUCUUCACAUAUGCAUAUAAUCUGAUAUCAGAGGUACUCUUCCCAAGUUACAACUACUUACCUCAGUAUCUCAAAAUGCCUUUUCUAUUUAUGGGAGUUUUCCCUCGAGAAUAUAACACCCCACCAUCCAAGAUCAUCAAUAUGCUUACGGCUGAGGGUUGGUUUCUUGACACAAACAUAAAGGAAACCUUUGAAGAGUCUGUUUGGAGAUGUUUGGACAAGCUUUGUUUGGAUAAAAAUCUUGUUUUAUUCAGCGAAACGAGCAUCUAUGAGUAUGGGAUUCCAAUUGGUCAUCGCAAGUAUAAAACAUGUCGGCUUCAUUCUUCUUGGCGGCACGUGUGUAGAGGAGAAGCUAGGAAGAACAAGUUUUAUCAUGUCUUAAAAAGGCUUGUUGAUGGCACUGAAGAAGGGAUAAAAGGUCAGCGUUGCUUGUGUCUCGAAAAUAACAUGUUAUUUGGUAUCAAAGAAUUUUGCAACUCAGUUAGAUUGAACUGUGCAUUCUUAACACGAUCUAUCUUUUUUUAUGGUCCUUACCACCAAUAUCCAAUCUCAGUAGAUGUUGGUUUCAGAUUUCUUAGGGAACUAGAUGCUCUUAGCUUGCGUUUCUACACCUUCCCAACAGAAAUUCUUGGCCUAGUUCAACUCAAGUAUCUUGCUCUAACUUGCAACGGAGAACUCCCUGCAACCAUAUCCAAACUUUUCAACCUUCGAUUCUUGAUCAUUCAUCCACAUAUGAACAUUAGAUGUUAUAGAGCUCCAUCAUAUGUCCCAAUACAAAUAUGGGAUAUGAAAGAGUUAGAGCAUAUUGAAAUCUUAGGAAAGAUUCUUGUAGCUCCAUCUCAUGUUACUUCUUUGGAAAAACUAUUGACACUCGUAGGUGUGAAUGCUACUAUUGGCACUAUCUCGGAACUCUCCAAAAGAAUUCCUAAUAUUAGCAAAUUAGUAGUUCAUGCUGAGCUAACACCUUACGACGAUCAUAACCUUGUUUUGAGUUUCUUUGGAUGCAUUUCAACACUUGAAAGUUUGAAGACACUUAAAUGUAGUAUCAUAAAUCCUGUGGCCAAGUGUGGGUAUGUUGUCCUUGAGAAUCCUAGUUCACUAACAUUCUCGCGUGGACUGAAAAAGUUACAUUUGAGUGGCAUGGGUUUUCCUUGGGAAUACAUGGAUGUCAUUGGCUCUUUGCCAAAUCUUGAAGUGCUCAAAUUGCGAUCCUACGCCUUUCGAGGUCCAACAUGGGAAGCACGAAAGGAAAGUUUUGCCAAGCUUGAGUUUCUUCUAAUUGAAGACACUGAUUUGGUAUACUUGAACUUAAGAUUCGGAGAGCUGUGUCUCCUUAGCUAUGUAAGCCUAAAACAUUGCUACAAGCUACAAAGGAUCCACUGGCCGGGUCAUAAGGACAGAAAGAUUGAAUUGGUGGACUGCAAUCCUUUAGCUCUGACUUGUGCCAAGAAGUUACACAUGACUCCAUUUUCUCGCCUUGAUGUUACUGCCUCUUCGACUAUUUAUGAGAAACCAAUGACAGUCAAUCUUCAAAGAUCCUAUUCCGAUGAUGAUGAUGAUGAUGAUGAUGAUACAGAAAAGGAUGAUGGCAAAGAUUCGGAUGAUGUUGAGGAAAUGAGUAGUAGCUCUGUGGGAAUCUAUGCAAAGGCCUCAUAUUAGUAUAUAUUUCAACUUUGGAUUUAUGUCUGCUUUGCUGCAAUGAUAAGAUGAAACCGUUUCAUCUUUGGAGACGACACCUUGAUUCAAGAUAUCCGAGAGCACUACCGUGAUGUAUCUCAUAUUGUCGAAAGAGGACUCACGGCUCGGCUAUUAUUAUGCUUUCUGUUGAGUUUCAGUUUAUUUGUAAUUAUAAUUUCGGUGUAGUUGCAUGUUUCCUUCUAUUUAUCCUUUUGGAUUGUAUUUUUCCCAUUAAGUCAUUUUCUGUAA